CCCAGCUCGAUCAGACACAGGAGAAGGCUUUUGUCCCUGAAAUUCAUCUCAUUCAUCAUGGACUCUAUUUAACUCUUUUGGACUUAACUGAAGAGCAGAUUCUUCCAUUCAACAGUUUUGAACUCUGGACUGUACUGAAACUCCACUGGACUUUAUUUUGGACUUUUCUGGGCUCGACUGGACUUUCUAGGGGAUUCCAUUGGACUGCAUUGGUUUCUGUUAAUUUUAUAUAGUAUCUGAUUAAAUCUGUUUCACUGUGGCUGCAGUACUGACAGUUUGCUAAUGAAUGGAGUUUUACUGAUUCUGCACUGUAGGGCUAUUUGUCUAAAGGCUUGGGCAAUCCUAGGUAAAUUAAGGGAAUCAGAUGUCAGUUUUGGACUUAUCUCCCUCAGAUUACUUUGAAGAAAAAAUUGAAUUAGAUUAGAUUAUUUAUUUAAAUAUACAAUCAGAACAGAAGAAGUUGGGGUGGCUAAUUGAAGUUUUUUUUAUUUAAUUGAAGUGGGUGAAAUUGCUUCAGGUUUGUUUGAAAAGGAGGUCAGAAAAGAUAGUUAACUUCCUUUAUUAGGUUAUUUAUUUUAACAGUAAGUUUGGGAAACUAAUUUGAAUGUUGGCCUAGUUUAAACUUCAUGUCUUGGUGGAGGAUGCAAAACACCAUCAGGAGCAGUAGCAGCUGCAGCAGCAUGAGUCUCUUGUGUGUCCUGUGGCUGCUGACGGUCUGUCUGGCUCCUGGAAGCCAAGCUCAAAGGCUGAGGGAGACCGACGGAGAGCCAGCAGUCAAGGCUCAGCUAGCGGAGAGAGAUGCACUCUGCCACCAGGAGGGAUGUUACACUGUCUUCCUGCAGAAGAGAACCUUCAGGGAGGCAGGGCGGAGCUGCCGGGAGCGAGGUGGGACCCUGGCAACGAUGCAUACCCACGAGGCAGCGGGUGUGGUCCAUGAGUUGCUGUCGGCCAUCGAGGCACAGGGGACCAGGUUGAGGCUUCGCCUUUGGAUUGGGCUGCACCGACCUCCACGCCAGUGUUCAUCCACCCGACCACUCAGAGGAUUCGUCUGGGUCACAGGAGACCAGGAUGGCCAGUUCACCAACUGGCUCCGUGAAGACACCCCUGGAACUUGUGCGGCCCCUCGCUGUGUAGCCAUGACUGUCCACACUUCGGAGAAUGGACGUGAGAGUAGCGACAACUUCCGGUGGCUGGAUGGCUCCUGCGCGCUGCCAUUGGAUGGAUACGUUUGCCAGUACAACUACAAAGGAAUGUGUCCACCACUGGAGGACGAGGGUAGAGGUCCAGCUGUUUACACCACUCCGUUCCAUCUUGUCAGUACCCUGCUGACUCAUGUGCCCUAUGGCUCUGUAGCUGUUCUACCAUGUCCUGCAGACACCUUGAACCCAGACAAUGAUGCUGAGCAGACUGUUCUGUGCAUGGAGCGAGAUGAUGAGACUGUGGGGUGGUCUAGGGAUGCCCCACUCUGCUCUUCCAGUACAGCUCCACAGAACCAGGACUGGUGUAGCGGGGACCAUGGAUGUGAACACUUCUGCCAGAACACAGACACAGACUAUUACUGUUACUGCUCUGAGGGCUUUACGAUAGAUGAAGAUGGGUACAGCUGCAAGCCUGACCCUCUCAGCCAAACCGACCCCCCUGAAUUAUCCUCCGACUCCGCCGGCCCCACUGACCAGCCCCACAUCGAUGAUGUCUGUGUGGAAAUGGGAUGUGAGUACAGUUGUGUGCAGACACCCCGGGGAACCCGCUGCACUUGUCCGCCAGGCUAUCAAAUGGGCCCAGAUGGCCGCAGAUGUUCUGAUGUAGACGAAUGUCAACAGCAACCAUGCCCUCAACUCUGUGUCAACAUCCCAGGCACCUUCCACUGCACCUGCCACACUGGGUACCAGCCGGAUGAUGAGGGUGAGUGUGUGGACGUCGAUGAGUGCCUCGAUGAGGGCACCUGUGAAGGCACUUGUGAAAACACUGUGGGGUCCUUCACAUGCUUGUGCAACCCCGGUUACAAGUUGGGCAGUGAAGGAAAGUGCGUAGAUGUAGAUGAGUGCGUGGGGGAGUCGCCCUGCCAGCAGCAGUGUCUGAAUUAUGUGGGUGGUUACCAGUGUUUCUGUGACAAUGGCUAUGACCUGCAGGCAGAUGGACUUACGUGCCAGCCGUCGCCAGAUGAUGAAGAAUAUUCCACUCUGACCCCUGACCCCAGCGACUCAGCUCACAAACCUAAUAUGGACCCUAACCUUGACAUGCCCUGGCUCACCUCCUUCACCCCUGACCCGAACUUUGAAGCUGACACAAACUUUGAUGUUGACUGGCUCACAGAAGCCACUGAGGUACUAUCUCCUGACAUGGCUCACGGAAGAGACAAUCACCUGAACCAAUGGGAUGACCUGUCACCAAAGCAAUAUCCAACAGCCCCUUCCCCAACACAAAAAUACAACACAGGCAACGAAAUUGAUAAUGAGGCUAAGACAGGAGGUAAGAAAGCUGGCGGUGGGGUUGGAGUUGAAACUGCAAAUGGGCCUGAGGAAGGGAAGGGAUCUAAGGUGGAUAGUACAGAGAAUGUCAAUGGCACUGCGGAGGCAGGAGCUGGGUCUGCUGCAGGUAAACAGAAACACGAUAAGAGCUGGCUACUGGUGGCCCUGCUGGUGCCUCUGUGUGUGUUCCUUGUUGUGAUGCUGGCUCUGGGGAUCGUCUACUGCACCAGCUGUGCUGUGGACAAAAGCCUGAGCUUCUCAGACUGCUAUCGCUGGAUACUCCCUACAACGCCUCCUGACAGGAGGGUCGGCAAAACCCAAGCAUGAACCCUAAAAAUUAACAAAUGCAGGUGCACGCCACAUAAACAGAUGUGUUGAAUGUCCAGAUGUCUGUUAACAUUUCUCUUGUGGUGCAAGACUGGUCACUGGAACUAUUUGGAUGUAGUACAGCUGACUGGCUCUCCCCCUCAUCAAGGAAAACUUAAUACUUUCUGCUGCAAACUCUUUGUAAAUAAUUCACUCCCUCAUCAUGUUUUUAAAAUUCAAUAA